AGGAAAUGUCAUCUUCAGAUAGCUGCUCCGGUGGGAAAAUUUAUCCGAAGUGCUGCAAAGACCCGGUUGACUCCCAUACAGAGCCAGAAGCAAAAUGCUCCCUGCUGCCAGAUUCCAGCCAUGUUUCUAUGGCUUCCAACCACUCAGGUUCAAGAAUUAAGAGUGUUGCCCCAAAUAAGCAUUUUAUUCGUGACACAAACCAGCAGAUUCUAGUCCUGGAAGGCAGCGCCCUUGUGGCAGUUCCAGACAAGCACAACAAACAAGGAGAGACCUUUUAUGUGUCAAACUUACCCCAUAGUAAAGCUAAUGGCUCAAAGGCAAAUCACAUUGUUUUGGCUGUAUCUAAGGGAAAACUCUAUCUUUGCUGUAAUCGAGUCAAAAAGCCAAAGCAUCCCUCAUUAGAAUUAAAGAAAAUUAAAGAGCUCAGUUCAUUGAGCCAAGAGAAGCUCCUGCCCUUCACCUUCCUGAAGGAAAAGGCUGGCUCCUAUUACACACUGGAAUCAGCUGCUAACCCUGGCUACUUUGUCUGCACCUCCAGCACACCCAGGCAACCCGUGGGAGUGACGAUGGAGGUGGGGAAACAGAAAAACACCCAGUUUGAAUUUGUAAAUGCAGAUGUGCAUCUCAGGGAGGUGGAAGACUGAAAAUACAACGGAAGAGGGGCCAGACGAGCUAUGGCAGCGGCAUUUGGUCUCAGCCUGGC